GCGCGUGCGCAGUGAGACUGUCAGGGCCUCCGGGCUGCCGUAGGCGGGCGUUCUGUGAGGACGAGUCCUGGAGAAGGACCUCUGGUGCAGGAGCCAAGAGGGCGGGUCCAGGCCACCUUCCUUGCCUUCAGCCCCAACACCUUUCUUCCCUGUGGCUGGGGGUGCCGCGGACCCAGAGGAGCGACCUGCUCAGGAAGCAGACCUUGGAGGGAAGUGAGGUGGAGAAUGGCUCCCUUGAGUGAGGAGAGCGAGUGAAGCGCAGUCUCCCCAGACCGUGGGACUCAGGUGGGCGUGAGCGAAGAUUUUAAUUUGAUUUGAAAAUGAGCAAGUGCAGAAAGCCACCAGUUCAGCAGUUAGCAAGUCUUGAGACAUUCAGCCCAGAUGUUCUUGAUGACAUUGUUGAACUCUUUGCCAAGAACUUUUCUUAUUGCAAGCCACUUAAUAAUGAGUGGCAGUUACCAGAUCCUAGUGAGAUUUUCAUCUGUGACCACACAGAAUUUAAUGCAUUUCUUGAUUUGAAGAACUCACUAAAUGAAGUGAAAAACCUCCUGAGUGAUAAGAAACUGGAUGAGUGGCAUGAACACACUGCUUUUACUAAUAAAGCAGGAAAAAUCAUUUCUCAUGUGAAAAAAUCUGUGAAUGCUGAACUUUGUACUCAAGCGUGGUGCAAAUUCCAUGAGAUUUUGUGUAGCUUUCCACUUAUUCCACAGGAGGCUUUUCAGAAUGGAAAGCUGAAUUCUCUUCACCUUUGUGAAGCUCCUGGAGCUUUUAUAGCUAGUCUUAACCACUACUUAAAAUCCCAUCAGUUCCCUUGUGAUUGGAGUUGGGUAGCUAAUACUCUGAAUCCAUACAAUGAAGCAAAUGACAAUCUUUCAAUGAUCAUGGAUGACCGGCUCAUUGCAAAUACCUUGCAUUGGUGGUACUUUGGUCCAGAUAACACUGGUGAUAUCAUGACCCUGGAAUAUCUGACUGGACUUAAGAAUUUCCUGAGUAGCAUGGCUACCAUUCACUUGAUCACUGCAGAUGGGAGUUUUGAUUGCCAAGGAAACCCAGGUGAACAAGAAGCUUUAGUGUCUUCUUUGCAUUACUGUGAAGUUGUCACUGCUCUGACUACUCUUGGAAAUGGUGGUUCUUUUGUUCUAAAAAUGUUUACUUUGUUUGAACAUUGUUCCAUCAACCUGAUGUACUUGUUAAACUGUUCCUUUGACCAAGUUCAUGUCUUCAAACCUGCAACUAGCAAGGCAGGAAACUCAGAAGUCUAUGUGGUAUGUCUGCAGUAUAAGGGAAGAGAGGCCAUCCAUCCUGUGUUGUCUAAGAUGGUGCUGAAUUUUGGAACUGAAAUGACCCGGAAAGCUCUCUUUCCCCAUCAUGUGAUUCCUGAAUCUUUUCUUAAAAGACAUGAAGAAUGUUGUGCUUUUUUUCAUAAGUAUCAGUUAGAGACUAUUUCUGAGAACAUUCGUCUAUUUGAAUGCAUGGGAAAAGAGGAACAAAUGAAGUUGAACAAUUUAAGGGAUUGUGCAGUACAGUAUUUUAUGCAAAAAUUUCAACUUAAGCCUCUUUCCAGAAAUAACUGGCUAGUAAAAAAAUAUAAUAUUGGUUGUAGUACCAAUACAAAGUGGUUUGGGCAGAGAAACAGAUAUUUUAAAACUUAUAAUGAAAGGAAGAUUCUGGAAACCCUAUCAUGGAAAGAUAAAGUAGCCAAAGGAUACUUUAAUACUUUAAUAGAAGAGCAUGCUGUGUAUCAUCCUGGACAGAAUUCUUUUUUAGAAGGGACAGCUUCCAAUCUUGAAUGUGACUUAUGGCAUAUUAUAGAAGGAAAGAAACUGCCAAAGGUAAAGUGCUCUCCUUUCUGCGAUGGUGAAAUUGUAAAGACUCUUAAUGAAGCCAUUGAAAAUUCCUUAGGAGAAGCUUUGAACUUAGGUUCCAAGGUUAGGCCACAACAGCAGUAUUAUUGUUCUUGUCCUAUUUUUUCAGAAGAACUGUUACUUUCUGAGUUGUUUAGUCUUACCCAGUGCCUUCAGGAUGAGGAGGUUGUAGAACCCAGCAACCAAAUAAAGUGCCUGUUUGUGGGCUUACCAGCUCUCCAUGAUGUCAGAAUGCAUAUACCAUUGGAAGUUCAAAUCCUCGAAUCUGCUGAACUCUCAACUUUCAGCUGUUCACUGCUUCAUGAUGGAGAUCCACAUUACCAGCAUUUGUUUUUGGACUGCCUUCUGCAUUCAUUACAGCAGCUUCAUAGAGGAGACGUUAUGAUUUUGCCUAUACUCUCUUGUUUAACAAGAUUUAUGGCUGGCUUGAUCUUUAUACUCCACAGUUGUUUUAGAUUCAUCACAUUUUCUUGUCCCAUGUCUUCUGAGCCCCUGAGGACCUGUGCAGUCCUACUAUGUGUUGGUUAUCAGAAUCUUCCAAAUUCAGUUUUCCAGUAUCUGCAGAAUAUGAAUGAAUUAUUGAGCACUUUGCUGAACUCUGAUGCACCCCAGCAGGUUUUACAGUUUGUGCCAAUGGAGUUGCUCCUUAAGGGAGCACUACUUGAUUUUUUGUGGGAUUUGAAUGGUGCCAUUGCUAAAAGGCAUUUACAUUUGAUUAUUCAAGGGGAGAGAGAAGAAAUCAGUAACCUUCUGUUAUGAAAUUCAAUAUGUCCUUUCUAAGAUUCAAUUUUUUGUGACUGAUAGUUUCCAGUCUUAUUGCAUAUUUGCUGUUAGUUUAAUACCUUUCACUUUGAGGAAAGGCAAACUUUCGAUCAUUCAGAAUUUUACUGUGGAAAACUACCAGCUAGUUCAAAUCUCCAGGAUAUAUACAGCCACAGGCAUAGAGUUCAUCUGUGCAGUAAUGGUGUUGAGCCUGUGUGUGUGUGUGAGUGCUUGGAGUGGAUACUCAUGCUUGCAUAUAUAAUUCAGUUGAUCUUAUUUAUCAGUUUAAAAUUUGCACCUGUGUGCCUUUAUUCAGAGGUGUUUUUUUGACUAUUUUUCUCUCAUUGGCUAAUGCUGUUAAUGAGUUGAUAAGAGGGUCAUUCAUGAAAAGAAGUGAGUCCGUCCACAGUAUGGACACAUCCUGUAGCACUUGAUGUGUCUGUUACAGAUUUCAGGGGACUCACCCUCAAACUCUUGAUAUAUGGCAUUCACUGCCUUUGACUGUUGUCCCAGUAUUCUCUUAUGGUUCACAUUAAACGUGUGCUGUUUUGUGAAUAUUUUACUAACUAUAACCAUUCAGUUAGAAAAAAGGCAGCUUCAAACCAAAGAUCAUUUUUUUUUUCCUAAAGAUCAGUCUUAAAACAAUGAAAAAUUACGUCUAGUACACGCCUGUAUCAUGAAAAGCUUCAUUUAGAAAUGCUGUAGUCAUUUUUAACUUCCAGGAAAUAAUCAGUGAAUAAAAAGAUUUUUUUUAAGUUUUAAGGUUUCACUUAUAGUCUCAUAUUGAGGACAUAUGAAUGUGAUAACAUAGUGAAUAUUGAAGAAAAACUUUAAUACUUUCAGGAUGAUGACUCAACAUUCAAAAUUUUUAGCCUUUAUAAUUUUUUUAGUAUGAAAAUAGCACUUUACCAAAAGAUUAGCUAUGAAAUGAUUAUUUUAUCAAUUGUAUUUGAUUUCUUUUGAUUUGUAUUUAACUGUAUAAUAAACAUUUCUGGCAAACUGUACUAAGAAAUUCUUUGUUGCCUACCUUUAUUAUUCCACAAAGUAGAGAAUAUUUAUAUUCUCAGAUGUACAUUUUUAGGCAUUUUUGUUAUAUGAAAAGUAGAAAUAUUCUCUGAUGUAUUUAGUUAGUAAAUAUUAAUCUGAAAACUUUUCUUGUUCUUUGCUAUUUUUAAUUCUAUUAUAGAUUCAUGAAUAAAGUCUUCAACAGAAAAA